AUGGCAGACGUGGCAGCGUUCGGUCCCUCGCCGCCGGCACCGUCUCCUCUCGCGGCCGCCGACGUCGCCGCCGACGCGCUCCUCGCGCCUUGGCCGCUGUCCCCGUGGGCGGCGCCCCUCCGGCCCGGCGGCGACGACGGCCGGUCGAACCCGCUCUUCGCGAUACUGCCGCUCUCGGCGCUGGCGAUAGGGCUGGUGCUGCUGGUCGCCGUGGCGCUCGUCCUGGUGCUGACCCGGCGGGCGAAGCUCAGGCUGCUGGCCGCCGGGGACAGCGUGGACGGUGACAAGCCCGGCGCGCCGGCGUCCAGCUGCGGCAGCAGCGUCCGGGGGUACCAGAACGGCAGGUGCUACGCCGCCACAGGCGCAGGGUGCAUAUACGGCGGGCGGCUGGGCCCGCUGGGGCUGGCGGCGGUGCAGCCGCGGAGCCGGGGCGCGCAGGUGUUCACGUACCGGGAGCUGGAGCGCGCGACGGACGGGUUCGGCGAGGGCAACGUGCUGGGGCGGGGCGCGUACGGCGUCGUCUUCCGCGGCCGCCUCGGCGACGGCACCCCGGCCGCCAUCAAGCGCCUGCAGCUCGACCCCCGCCGCCAGGGCGAGCGCGAGUUCCGCGUCGAGGUGGACCUGCUGAGCCGGAUGCACUCGCCGCACCUGGUGGGCCUGCUGGGGUACUGCGCCGACCAGAGCCACCGGCUGCUGGUGUUCGAGUUCAUGCCCAACGGCAGCCUCAAGGGCCACCUGCACCCCGUCGUCCCUGCCGCCGGCGCCGAGGGGCAGCGGCCGGCGCUGGACUGGCAGACGCGGCUGGGCAUCGCGCUGGACUGCGCCCGCGCGCUGGAGUUCCUGCACGAGCACACCUCCCCGGCCGUCAUCCACCGCGACUUCAACUGCAGCAACGUCCUCCUCGACCACAACUACCGCGCCCGCGUCUCCGACUUCGGCACCGCCAAGGUCGGCUCCAACAAGGCCAACGGCCAGGUCGUCACCCGCGUCCUCGGCACCACCGGCUACCUCGCGCCAGAGUACGCGUCGACGGGGAAGCUGACGACCAAGUCGGACGUGUACAGCUACGGGGUGGUGCUCCUGGAGCUGCUGACGGGCCGGGUGCCGGUGGACACGCAGCGGCCGCCGGGACAGCACGUCCUCGUCUCAUGGGCUCUUCCACGGCUGACGAACCGCGAGAGGCUCGUGCAGAUGGUGGACCCGGCCCUGAAAGGCCAGUUCGCCGUCAAGGAUCUCAUCCAGGUGGCGGCGAUCGCGGCGAUGUGCAUACAGACCAAGGCGGAGUACCGGCCGCUGAUGACGGACGUGGUGCAGUCGCUCAUCCCCAUCGUCAAGAAGAGCCCCUCCAUGUCCUGCUCCUCCACGCCGGCGAGGCCCCUGCAGCACGUCGUCUACAUGAGCCCAGCCGCUGCCACCAACACGUCCUAG